AUGUCGGAGGCAGAAGAGAGUACCAGGUGCCCUGAACGACCUGCCCCAGAAUGCGGCGGGCGCCGCCAGCGACCUGCCCUAGAGUGCGGCGGGCGCCGCCAGCGACCUGCCCCGGAGUGCGGCGGGCGCCGCCAGCGACCUGCCCCGGAGUGCGGCGGGCGCCGCCAGCGACCUGCCCCGGAGUGCGGCGGGCGCCGCCAGCGACCUGCCCCGGAGUGCGGCGGGCGCCGCCAGCGACCUGCCCCGGAGUGCGGCGGGCGCCGCCAGCGACCUGCCCCGGAGUGCGGCGGGCGCCGCCAGCGACCUGCCCCGGAGUGCGGCGGGCGCCGCCAGCGACCUGCCCCGGAGUGCGGCGGGCGCCGCCAGCGACCUGCCCCGGAGUGCGGCGGGUAA